AUGAGAGCUGACAUGUAUACUUCAAAUAGAUUGGGUGAUUCGGGGCUUUACAUCUCAAAGAUCAUUCUGGGCACAGCUGGCUAUGGCUCUUCCAGGUGGCAGGACUGGAUCCUGGAGGAAGAAGAAGCAUUGCCAUUGCUCGAACACGCGUUUAAAGUUGGAAUUAACACCUGGGACACAGCAGACGCAUAUUCCAAUGGACGCUCGGAAGAGAUUAUUGGCAAAGCUCUCAAAAAGUACGAUAUUCCUCGGUCGGAAGUCGUUAUACUCAGCAAGAUUUUAUACGCCAUUGAUCCUAUCAAGCAAUCUCCCAUAUCAGAACUGAUGACAAAAGACAAGCAGGGUCUCGUCAACCGCGUCGGCCUUUCCCGAAAGCACAUUUUCGAUGCCGUCGAAGCUAGUUGCAAAAGACUGGGGACGUAUAUCGAUGUGCUGCAAAUCCACCGAUUGGAUCGCGACACACCAGCCAAGGAAAUCAUGAGGGCGCUAAACGAUGUCGUGGAGAGCGGCCAGGUCAGAUAUCUCGGCGCGAGCUCCAUGGCGGCUUGGGAAUUCCAAAAGCUACAAAACGUAGCCGAGACGCACGGGUGGCACAAGUUUAUCUCGAUGCAGAAUUACUACAACAUUCUAUACCGAGAAGAAGAGCGGGAGAUGAUCCCAUACUGCCGCGACAGUGGCGUGGGGCUGAUACCGUGGAGUCCAUUGGCGCGCGGUGUGCUUGCGCAUCCCUGGACAGACCGCAGUUCGAAGCGAGAGCAGACGGACAAAGUGCUAGCGAAUCUGGUGAGGAAGAAAUCUUCCGAGGUGGAUGAGGCGGUCGUGGGUCGCGUUGCUGAGCUGGCGGAGAAAUACGGUGUGCCGAUGGCUACUAUUGCACUUGGGUGGUGUCUGAAGAAGAAUAUCUAUCCCAUCUCGGGUCUUCACAGCAUUGCGCGAAUUGACGAGGCUGUGUCCUCGGUGGGCUUUCGGCUGACUGAUGGAGAUUCUGCGUAUGUAGAAGAGCUUUACGUUCCGAAGGAAGUGAUAUCAUAG